UCACACCACCACAGCACUUGUCACAACUUCUGCCUAGGCACACAAUAGGCCCUUCCUAAAUUUCAGCUCCAGGCCCAUGUGGACCUUAAUCUGGCACUGGUGGAGCCCAGUGUCUAUCCUUGUGGAGCCCAGUGUACCUCGCAGAAAGAGACUUAACAAAGGUACAUCGAUGACAUGAAACAAAUUCUGGGUUCUUAUAUGAAACUGAUGGAGUCUUUGAAUGAAGCCAAAACACAGCUGCUUAAUAACCACAUUUGAGACCUUUUAAAGGUUUUUAGAUCUGGAUAUAGAAGACUGAAUUGGAAUUCAUUAGGUAUUGAAGACUAUAUCACUCGGUGUGGGCAGGCAGUUUCGGAGUUUGAAGCCUUGGUACUUAAAAUCCAGAAGAACACAAAUGACAUUGAUUGCAAACUCUUGGCUAUUGAAUCUGCAAACCUCUUUCCAUUUCUGACUAAAAAGUAAACAGAUCUCCCAGCUGCCUGCAAUUCCUGAGAUUCCCCGUAGACAUUAUGGAAGAUGUCCAGAUGCUGAAGGCCGGAAUUCGGCCUGUUAUAACAUCCAACUGCCUAAAUUGUCUGAGAUAUAUAAUCCAGUAGUAAUAAGACCAUCAGGACAGAUGGAGAUGGAGUGUAUCAAACCUGCGCCUCCAAAGACUAAGGCGGCCAAACACCCACCACAACGCUCCAGCAAAGUCCGCCGGUCCGCUAGUCACUGCCCGGAGGCCACUCGCCCAUCUGUGCCCAGAGAGCUGCCCAGUUCGGUCCCGUCUCUUGGUGAUGCACUAAAUUUACUGUGUAACAAUGACUGGGAGAAAAAGAUUGAGGGCAUCAACAUGGUGCGGUCCCUGUCCGCGUCCCAUCCCUCAGUCGUCCUGGAGAGUCUUCAUGCCCUCAUCGUUGGGCUGACCAUAGAGGUGAAGAACUUGUCCUCCAAAGUCUCCCGAGCAGCUAUUGGGUGUUUAGCUGCCAUGUUUGUACACCAGGGGAAGAACAUGGACAGAGAAGUGGAGCGUUGUGCACUUGUCCUCCUAUCCAGGGCGGGAGACUCCAACCUCUUCAUACGGGAGGAGGUGGACAAAGCGCUACAGGCCGCGGUGGAGAAUGUGACACCAAUACGAGCUCUCACGUCCCUUAUAAAUGGAGGACUAAGCCAUUUGAACGCUGCCAUCAGGAGUUGUGCAGCCAAACACAUGUGUCAUCUGGUGGAGAGACUGGGACAGAGGCGCGUUCUAUGUGGGCAAGGGGCCAUCACCGCAAGAGCUAUCCCCGCAAUAGCACGGUGUGUCCAGGAUAGCUCUCAGGACACCAGGUUCUAUGGCAGAAAGAUGCUUCACUACCUGAGAUCUCAUCCGGACUUUGAGAAAGCCCUGCACAGAUAUGUCCCAAGCAGGGAACUGCAGUAUAUAAAAGAUAUAUUAAAACGUCUGUAAAUAAAUGUUAUAUAA